AUGCAGAAUGAUGGCAUCGGAGCAAACUACACCUCUCCAUACGUACCCCAUCACACUCGACGAGAUCGAUCCUCAACACCUGCAGCCGUGCAAAGGCGGAGAGUUCUCAACCGGAUUGCACAGCAAAACCAUCGACGAAGAGUCAAGGAAAGAUCGAAAGAAAACUCGGCAGCAAGCGACAGUGACCGAGACAAUACUAAAACUUCGACACAUCCUCCACCCCAAUCAUCGCACGACAUAGCCAAGAGUAUGGAUGUCUUGGGGACAACUACUGCAGCCCCUUGGUAUGGUUGGCCACAAGAAGCUCCAAGAUUUGGAAAUGACGCGAAUGAAUUAAUGUUCGACCAAGAUUUCACGAAGCAGAUGAAAUCAAAAUGCUCAUCUGCCAUUGCAACGCCGAAAGCCAAUCCAAGUCUUCACCAGGCCACUCAAAUCCAAAUGGACCCCUCAAUUCCGGUCAUGAGACCGAAGCCUGCACUACAAGUCCCCACCUCGUCCACGCAGACGUCUUAUUCACCCCUAGAGAGAAUACCAUCCCGCAAAUCGUCAACGAAUAAUUUUCACUCACCUCCGGAAAGUGAACCCUCGCAAAAGGCCAAGAGGCACCGAGGCCAUACACCAAACACAACCACCACAUCCAGCCGCAACAGCAGCGCAGCAACCCAGUUCGAAGGCAAUAAAGAUACCAACACCACGCGCUUUCAGACCAUCAUCGACGCAGUCCAAGCGGCGGGCUUUGAAAGUUUCGAUGCUGCCGUCUCAGGUUACUAUACCCAUGCCUUCGAAAAAAAUUCCGCCGCCGACCUGGCGCAAAAGACAAGCCGUGCCCGCCGUCUCGCCGGAGUAAUGACAUCACUGCACGAGAGCUCCGCUACCUGGACGCUCUGGGAAGCAAGAGGUUACCGACAUCAAGUAGUCGAAGCCGCCGAGAGUAUCUAUUCGUCGGAAGUCACCCGGCUCGCCAAUAGGCGGAAGAGGAAAAGAGGUCACAGUAUAGCUCCCGGUCGCGACUCUCGCAGUUCCUCCGAAUUUGAAGGUAGUUCCAGCGAAUUCGAGUCUAGCACUCCUUCCACCACAAGCACCAAAUCCGGGCACGGAUCAGAAAAUCCCCGAACUUCGCUCGGGGAAUUACAGCGCGUCUAUCAAAACAAGGUCCGCACCACUCACCCCAUCCUUUUCCGCUCAAGAUAUCAAACAACGUUUACUAAUCUGGCAAAAUAA